GGAAAACUCAGAGGGAAGUGGCCUCUUCCCAAAGCCGUUUACGUGCUCAGCGCUGGCCAGAUUGAAGCCGCCGCUCAGGAGAAGAGAGAUCCAGACCAGAACUCCUACCUGGGUGAGGCUUGAAGCCACUCAUGAAUCCCCGAAAGAAAGUGGACUUGAAACUUAUCAUCGUUGGUGCACUUGGUGUGGGAAAGACCUCUCUCCUUCACCAAUAUGUACACAAAACCUUUUUUGAGGAAUACCAGACUACACUGGGGGCCAGCAUCCUUUCCAAAAUCAUCAUCCUGGAUGGCACCACUCUGAAGCUCCAGAUCUGGGACACAGGCGGUCAAGAGCGCUUCCGCUCCAUGGUAUCAACAUUCUACAAAGGUUCCGAUGGCUGUGUCCUGGCAUUCGAUGUCACUGAUCCAGAGUCCUUUGAAGCCUUGGGUAUCUGGAGGGAUGACGUCCUGGCCAAGAUCAACCCCAUGGAGCAAUCAUAUCCCAUGGUGGUGCUUGGGAACAAAAUCGAUCUGGAAGACAGGAAGGUGUCCCAGGAGGUGGCCCACGGAUGGUGUAAAGCGAAGGACAUGCCUUACUUUGAAGUUAGCGCCAAGAACGACAUCAAUGUGGUCCAAGCCUUUGAGGUUCUGGCCAGCCAGGCUCUGCUGCGGUACCAAGGCACUGUAGAGAGUCACCUUGUGGACUCCAUCAAGCUCUCUCCAGGCCAGCCGAAGAGCAGAUGCUGCUGACUUCUGGGCUCGUACUCGACCCCCACCAGCAGCAGGGCAGGACGCGGAUUGCAAACUCACCUCCUCCAGCCCCCUGCAUGCCCCUACCGAGGCCGGAGGCUGCAGCAAGAGAGAAUGCCGCAGGCCAAUCCUGAGCCCAGAGC